AUAGGAAUAGAACGGACAGAAUUACUGCAGUCUGGGUCCGCCAUGUUUGUUGUUGUCUGGUGUUGUGCUUUGUGUUGCUGAGUGCUAAAUGACUUGAAAAUCGUUGUGAAAACAGUUUUGUUAUGUCAUGUAUUUGGAACUGAUUGUAUACUGGGGUUGUAAUGUUUGUUGAAACUAAGAAAUGUGUUAUAUUUAGUUCAUUUACCUCAUAUAAACCUUUGCUUUGUUCCUAUGUGGGCUAAGGGAUUUCGGAGGUCAAGAGCCCCCAGACCCAAGUUUAAUCGCGUGUAACCUCAUCUCUGGGUCAAGGCAGGCCCUGAGGAGUUUUCUUCAAGUUUUAAUUUCACUUAGAAGCUGGCGGGAAAUUUGCCUGCCAAUCCAGAGGUCGCUGAAGACCCUGGAAUGUUGGACAUUUGGGGGGGUGAAGAAAAUGACAAUCUUUCAUUUGAGGAUUCAGAUAGGUUUGAAGAAGACUCUCUUUGCAGUUGGAGUAGUGAACCAGAAUCAGUGUGUAAUAACUGGAGAGGAUGGAAAAAACCUUCAUUAAAUUCUUCGUCUUUAUUUGGAACUUCAAAGAAGACUUCAGAUGACACGGAACGAGUAGCGGCACUGUGUGAACUAGCUGCGCGGUGUGUAGCCUCACACAUCCCGUUUGAGUUAGUGGAGCAUGUCUAUCCUCCAGUGCCGGAACAGUUACAACUGCGUAUUGCGUAUUGGAGUUUCCCUGACAACGAGGAGGAUAUACGUCUUUAUUCCUGCCUUGCUAACAGCAGUGCUGAUGAGUUCCAACGAGGAGAACAUCUCUACCGCAAUCGUGCCGUCAAAGACCCUCUGCAGAUAGGUUUCCACCUGAGUGCCAGUGUGUCUGCCACUAUCACCACUUACAAUGUAGCUGUAACAUUUGACCGCAGGCGCAUCACGUCUUGCAACUGUACCUGCAACUCCACUGCCUACUGGUGUUCGCACAUUGUGGCCGUAUGCCUGCACCGAAUCCACCAGCCUACCCAGGUUUGCCUGAGAGCUCCAGUGAGCGAGUCUCUCUCUCGACUACAGAGAGACCAGUUACAGAAGUUUGCUCAGUACCUCAUCAGUGAGCUGCCUCAGCAGAUCCUGCCGACUGCCCAGAGGCUGUUAGAUGAGCUGCUGUCUUCUCAGCCCUCAGCUAUCAAUUCGGUGUGUGGAGCCCCAGACCCAACCGCUGGAGCUUCUGCCAAUGAGCAGACGUCGUGGUAUCUAGAUGAGAAAACUUUGCAUGACAACAUUAAGAAAAUACUCAUCAAGUUCUGCGUACCUGCUCCUAUUGUCUUCAGUGAUGUGAAUUACCUGAGCAACACCGCGCCGCCUGCAGCGUCCGAGUGGACCAGUCUGUUGCGGCCUCUGAGAGGUAGAGAGCCCGAGGGCAUGUGGAACCUGCUGUCCAUCGUGAGAGAGAUGUUCAAGCGCAAUGACCGCAACGCUUUGCCUCUUUUGGAGAUCAUUACCGAGGAGUGUAUGGCUUGUGAACAGAUCCUGGUAUGGUGGUUCUACACCAAAGUGGCGCUCCACGCAGGUUACAGUGGGGGUGGUGGUGGCAAACACGGCUCCGUCAACAGCAACAGUCAGGCCAGCCAACACGCCUGCAGCUCGCUGUGUGAUGAGAUAGUAGUGCUUUGGAGACUUGCAGCCCUCAAUCCUGCGAUAUCACCGUCACAGCGUAAUGUGCUGCGCUUCCAGUUCAAGGAUUGGCACCUGAAAGUUAUUGAGAAGGUAACAAAACGGGAGAGCCUGGGCACAAGACAAGGUCACAACAAACUCAAUCCUCUGGAGGUGUUCUCUGGGUUCAAACCAGCAGUGGAGGCCUGCUUCUUGGACUGGGAUGACUACCCGCUUCCCGGCAUCACAUAUACAAGUGCCUCGUGGCUCUACAACUCCCAACCCUUCACUUGCUUCCGCCACAAUGAGCCCCCACGGAGCGAACACGCCCACAUCAACCCUGUGAACUCAUCACAGGUUGUAAUAAACCUGGAGCACAAUCCGAGAAGUUCACACCACCACUAUCAUUGCCACAAUCCCCACCUCCAUCACACCAACUCUGGGCCUAACAAGAGGCUAAUACGCAAUACAAGUGGGGCAGGACGUUCUGAAAGGCACAAUCAGAUGUACCGACUCAACUUACUGUCAUUCAUGAGCCACUCACAGAGACAGCAGCAGUUUGUGACAUUACCUGGGGCUGGGGGUAACCACAGCUCAGUGUCCAGUGAGGGCUUCUGUGACGGUGACAUGGCACCUCGGCCUGAGCAGGAGGAGACUGACUCCCAGGGUGGAGGUGGUAGCGAUUCGUCGUGGAGCAGUGGUCGUGAGGGAGAGGGAGAAGGGGUGGUGGUGGGGAGAUACAGUGGGGACGACAGUGACAGCUCACCCCCCGCUCCGGCACCCCUCCCCUCCCCACCCCGGAGACUGUCCAAAGACGAUUCUCUGUCUAGUAGCAACUCGGACUGGCAGUUGAAUAGUGGAGACGAGUAUCAUGUUUACUAUUAUGAUCCCAAGUCACUCAACAACAACAGCAACAACAACAACACUAACAACCAAGCACCCACCGUAGAUAAACUAUCGGACUCGGAUCCUGCUGCUGUCAAGGAGUCUACAGCGGUGACAGCUCAAUCGGUCCUGCAGAGUAUCCAGGGGCUGGAGGAUCCAUGGGAUAUCCUGUUUGCACGUGCUGAGGGCCUCCACGCACACGGACACGCUCGCGAGGCAUGCACUUUGGGGGUUAGACUUGCUGAGGAAAUGUUGGCUCAUCCACCUGACCUCAUGAUUGAAAUACCACCUAUUCAGGCCAAGGGCAAGAGGAAAAAGGUGAACCCAGCUUCUCACCAGCUGAGUGUUAUAGCCUCCAACACUCUGGCAAAGUGUGGCUUCCUCUGUCAGGUGUUGGCUGAGAACCCAGACUACUUCCACCUGGCCUUUAAGGUGGGGCUGUUCGGACUGGAAUUGGCUCGGCCUCCUGCUAGCACCAAGCCUUUGGAGGUGAAGCUUGCCAACCAGGAAUCAGAGCUGGUGUUGCUACUCAAGAGGAUCCCGCUAGGAGAGCAGGAGCUGGCUAUUAUACGAGAGAGGGCUCACCAGUUACGGGAGGGUUCCCUCAAGUCUCGAGGAGAGGCGCUGCUACCUAUCAACCUGGCUGGCUUCCUUCUGGACGCUCUUAUCAACACAUCAGCCAACCGAGAGUGCCGCUGUCAGCUGAUCAACCCGGGACUGCGCUUGGCGUCAGACGAGACAUUGGGCUUUGAGGCUGCCGUCGCAGCGCUAGGCCUAAAGGCCAAUGUAAGCGAAGCUGACCACCCACUUCUCUGUGAGGGCACCCGGCGCCAGAGAGGGGACCUGGCCAUCUGUCUGUUGAUGCUGUACAAGGAUGACCCCCACAAGCUGGCCCGUAUCAUGGACAAACUGCUAGAUCGUGAGGUACAUCAGCUCAUAAAGUGUUCAGUGCCACCCAGUUACUACUCCAGCAACCCACCGGUGCGCAGUCAGUUCCUGCCCACUGCGUCCACCCGCCCCCCACCCAGGAAGGACCUGGAACACCCCCCACCUCUGCCGCCCCCUGAGAUGCUAAUGGAUACCACCAUCAUCAAUGGAGCCAGCAGUAGGCCACAGAGUUGUACCAGUGCAGAGCUGGAACAAGGAUUGGUCAACCUGUCCCUGAGCAGUCCAGGCACCAGCCUUGUCACCCCACCCCUGACUAUGGGCACCCCUCUCACCCCUUCGACCACUAGACCCAAGGAGACAACAUCCAGGUUUAAAGGAAAACGAGCGUAUCCAUCAAUACCAAACCAGCCGUCAGAAGCCGGAGCCCACUUUACAUUCGAGUUGGCCAAGACUGUACUGAUGAAGGCCGGGGGAAACAGUUCAACUUCACUGUUCACACAGGCCUCCACCUCUCAGAACCAUCACGGGCCUCACCGAGCCCUACACAUGUGUGCCUUCCAGCUGGGCUUAUACGCUCUGGGCCUGCAUAACUGUGUCAGUCCGAACUGGCUCAGUCGCACGUACUCCUCACAUGUCUCGUGGAUCACUGGUCAAGCCAUGGAGAUCGGGGCACCGGCCAUCUCAUUUCUGAUGGACACAUGGGAAGGACACCUCACACCUCCCGAGGCUGUCAGUAUCGCCGACCGAGCUUCACGUGGCUGUGACCCCAAUAUGGUGGCGGCGGCGGCACAGCUGGCUCUGUCCUGCCUACCCCACGCGCACGCACUCAAUCCCAACGAGAUACAACGUGCCAUUCUGCAGUGUAAGGAGCAGAGUGACAUGAUGCUGGAACACUCCUGUCUCACUGUGGAGAGUGCGGCCAAGGGUGGAGGUGUCUACCCGGAGGUGCUGUUCCAGGUGGCCAAGUACUGGUACGAGUUGUACAUCAGGCAUUCGCCUGGUAAUGGAGAGGUGUUCAUGGAGCAACAACCCGAGGUACAGCAGCCAGAGGAACAAGGUCCGCCAGGGCUGGUGGAACAAGUGGUGGUGUGUGGGGAACCUCCACCUCAGCCCCAACCCCCACCUUUACCUCCACCCACACAUCAGCCUCCACCACCGUAUCAUCCUCCACCACUCGCUCUGCCUUAUACCAUUGCACCCUUCGGUUUUACCGUACAACCUGUGCUUCAACUAGCCCGCCAUCCUCACCCUCAUGUCACCCAUCAGGUCUAUCAUCUCUCCCCACCCACCUUCCAAUACCCGCCACAUGCUGCCAACAAUCAACCCGCCUAUGCUAGCAUCUCUCAGCCACCAGGACUGCAGUAUUACGGAGUCAGAUCCCAUGGCUCAGUACCACAUCAUGUGUUCCCCAUAGCUGCCACCAUGCAACCUGCCACACUCACUCCGACUCAGAUUGUGCUGACACAGGCUCCCAGUACGCAGUGUGUAACACAGGCAGUGUCUCAGCUGUCCCUACCCAGACCCCAGCCUCAGCAACAGGUCCACAGACAGACACAGCAGUACAGCCAGACCCAGCUGCGCUAUCUACUGGCUGCGUACCGUGUCGGCAUGUUAGCACUGGAUACACUAUCUCGCCGGGUACAUGAUGAUCGUCCCCAGGCCAAAUAUGCCCGCAAUCCUCCGUAUGGUGAAGAUGUCAAGUGGCUUCUCCGUGUCUCAAAAAAAUUAGGCACUCAGUACCUUCACCAGCUGUGCGUGUGCGCGGUGAACAGCAUCGUUAGCCCGUUUGUGCUGCACGACAUGGCUGUAGAGGCUGCACACUACCUGUCUCCCGAGAACCAUUAUUGUAACAAUCCUGGGCUGGUCAUGCAGCAUCUGCGCACCACACUAACCCCCCUAGUCCACAAGUGCCAGCAGAUGUAUAUCCAGUGUAUGCACCAGAAGCUGUACCAUCUUACCACUGCUGAUUAUGAGGACUUUGUCAACAUUGUGUGUUCGGCCCGUGCUGCUUUCCAGAUCACACCUGAAGGAAAUGCUCAGUUCAAAGAGUGGCUCCAGUCGAUACGCAGAUCAAAGUCAUGUAAGAAGGACCUCUGGACCCAGAUAAACGCAGCCCUGCAAGCUAACAGUAAAUGACAAAGGCCUGAGUUAGGUGCAUUACAUUGCGUAGACAACAGCUGGGUCUCUCCUGCUGAGUCUCCGCCCCCGUGGAACAGUUAGGCGAGCUGGAAUAUCACUUGUUUUGAACUCUCUUAAAAAUUAUAUAGAUUCAGGGAGGUUACUUGUUGUUAUUGUGCAUAAAUCGAUUAUUAUUUCUGUAGAAUCUGUUAGAUCGCUUAAAUCAACGACUACAUAAAUUUCCUUUUAAGUAUUCUUAAUUCUCAGCACUGAAUAGUUCUUUUUAGAAUAAAAAUCUUGUAUUUAUGUAAGAAAUAAAAUGGUUUUCAAUUUGUUUGAAUAUAAUCUUGAAUUUGCUUCAAACAAAAACAUGUAUAUGGUCUAGAUCUUUCUAGUAUUGUGUCUGUACUUUUUUAUACUAAAGUUGAAUGUCGGGAACAACAAUAUAAUGAUACCGUAGUUUACAGCAGGGAUCUGUAAACUCAAAAAUAUAUUUUAUGGUACGUGUCUUACAAAUCAACUGUAAGUCGUAUAUUUCAGCUCAGUAAUUAGGUUUUACUUAUUUUGUUAUCGUUUACGAUCAUUGUAUAGAAAUGUUACACUUAUAUAGUUUCCCGUUUGUCUUGUGCAUGACGAAGCGCUGACUGGUCAUUAGUUAAGUUUCCCGUAUUUCCUCAAUCUUAACCUGUUCCUGAAACAAUUUCAAUUCAAAACUCUAGAUAUAAUAUACAUUCUCAGUUAACAUGAGAGGUUUAGAUUGCUUGCAGCAAACAUUAUAAGAUGAAAUAAUUAUUCUAAUAGUCAAAAACAUGUUUAAAAUUACAGUGAUAAAAAUUUAAAAACAAUAUUUAAUUACUUUUUUUGUUUAAAUGACAGCAUGUCAAGGCUCAAUCUCGGUAUUUCAUGGGGAAAAUUAACAUUGAUAUUGUUAGAGUAACUGGUUUGAGUUAAAACCACUGGUGACUUAUCACUACAUAUUAGUACAAGCUUCUACAAAUAAAUAUAGUUUUAAUUGUAAAAAAAAAUACUUAAUAUAAACAUGUAUGUAAAAAAAUAGUUUUUGCUUACAUGAAACAAACAGCAUAGUAAUUUAGAUUCUUAAAAAUGAAAAGUAUAUUAUUGUUCUUCACAUAUUAAAAAUAAAAUUUAAACAGAUUAUUUGCAAAUUCUGAUGUUUUUCACAUUUUUAAUUGAAUCUGUUCAAAGAAGUUAGACAUGUUAAGACCUUAAUCAGUUCAUAGCAACAUAUAUCAGUACUGUUAUAAUAUAAACGAUCUAUAUGCAGUUUAAUUUCUAGGUGUAGUUAAAUCAUAUUAAUGAUAAGUAUCUAGCCAAGUAACUAAUUAAUAAUUGAUUUUGCAAAAUAUGUAUAAUUUUGCACAGGACAGGAUAACAUUGAGAAAAUACAGCACGAAUAGUUAGAGUAGAUAACUCAACGUGUAUCCCAUCUAGUUAGUUUCAUUUUGAAUUAUAGGAAAUGCUAUUAUUGCAUUAAAUAUAAAUAUUUAGUUUUGAUAACGUGCAUUAGACUUUUUCAAUUACGUAGAUAAAAUGGCGUUUUACGUAGAAGAUAUCUCUGUGUAUUCUCGGUGUAUAAUUUUAUUAUAAACAAAGUAUAAUUAUAUGACAAUUGAGGUUCCAGGAUGUGUAGAUUUCUCUGCUACUUGUUAUGAAAAUAAAAAUCUCAAGGAUAAGUUUACAUCUGUCUAAGUAUUAAUGGUAUUCUUCUUAAAUAAGGUAUAAAAAAUAAAGUUGAGUUAAAAAUUGUUGAAAAUUUGAUAAUUUCUUUGGUUUUAUUGGUAUGGAUAACACUGUAAAACUCCUCUUGAGGAGCAGUAUAACGGAGUUUAGUUGUUGUUCUUUUGAGGUUCGUUAGGCAUUAGAGAAUUUAGUUGUCAAAUUAAAAAUACUCAAAGUAUUUCCAUGACAUUCUACAAAUGGUAGAUAUACAAGGUGAUUGUACUUGAAUACAGCCAGGUGGGAUGCUACAGGUGAUUGUACUUGAAUACAGCCAGGUGGGAUGCUACAGGUGAUUAUACUUGAAUACACCCAGGUGGGAUGCUACAGGUGAUUAUACUUGAAUACAGCCAAGUGGUUUGCUACAGGUGAUUGUACUUGAAUACAGCCAGGUGGGAUGCUACAGGUGAUUGUACUUGAAUACAGCCAAGUGGUUUGCUACAGGUGAUUGUACUUGAAUACAGCCAGGUGGGAUGCUACAGGUGAUUGUACUUGAAUACAGCCAAGUGGUUUGCUACAGGUGAUUGUACUUGAAUACAGCCAGGUGGGAUGCUACAGGUGAUUGUACUUGAAUACAGCCAAGUGGUUUGCUACAGGUGACUGUACUUGAAUACAGCCAGGUGGGUGCUAUGGCUGAGGCCAGAAUAAAAACAGCUCAACCAGAAUUGAUAGGUAGGAAACCAGUUUAUUUUUUAAACAUAUGUAAUAAAAGAAGGAUUAGAAAGAUAAAUAAUAACAGUUUAUUCUUGUUUUUAGACUAUCUAAAUUCACAUUUUUAUCUAUUGUUGUCCUUUUGGUUGUGAAUUAAUUAUAAGAAGAAUAUUUCAAGCGUUUUUAUUUAACUAUCAUUGAAAUUGGAUUGUUAUCUUUCUUUCAAGGUCUUUAAAUCUUACUAAAACCUAAGUUGUAAUAUCGUAUGGAUGAACAUGUCAGAUGAAAAUUGUAGUAAAACUAUUAAAAAAAUGUUUUUUGUCCUAAACCAUGGAUCUUUAAAAUACAAUUUAACACUUAGUAUUCAAACUCUACAUAGCAAAACAAUUAAAAUAAAGGUAAUGGUUUAAUGUGCACAUAAAUAAAAAUGUAAUUUAACUUAUUGUUAGGUACAAUCAAAAUAACAAAAAGGCUUGUCUUCUUCAUUGUGCAAUACGAUGACCUUCAGGUGAUCUCAAUAGCUUGGGAUAAUAAAAAGAGUCAGAAGGGAUUCAGAAAGCAUUACUCAAUUCCACUGUAGAAUCUCAGCAGCCAUCUCAGAAAACACAAGUGAGACAGGAACAACACCUCCCCCUCCCUCUCUUCACUUCCUUAGGAGUCAUUUGUUGUGCAGUAUGGGGUUCACAUACAAUAAUUGUAGCCUUUGAACAUGUGCCGACAUGUGCCUAAGAUCAUUGUAGCAUGGAGUGUCUCGAGGUUACAUGGUUACAGAUUUACAAAAUAAGGACUCACAGUAAUAUUUGUGUUAGUUUUAUUUCUGUAAUACAAAAUUAAAACUAUCCGUUGCUAUUUUAAAAAUUAAUUGACUAAUCGUUUCUAUAUAUACAGAAUUAAGAUAUAUACACAAUCUUAAUUGACAUAUAUAUAUAUAUAUAUAUAUAUAUAUAUAUAUAUAUAUAUAUAUAUAUAUAUAUAUAUAUAGAGAGAGAGAGAGAGAGAGAGAUUGAUUUUUAAUGAUUUGACCUUAGACUCAGUAAUUAUAUAAUAGCUAGGAUUUGGGUUACAGAACAUGGUUGUACUUGCACUUCUUUGUUAUUAAAUUAAUUAACAGGAUAAACAAACAACAAAUUUAGUGUUGGUUGGAAAAAUUAUGUAAGAAUAAAGUGAUAGUUCAGUGCGUAAUGUCAGCAAAGUACAUGUCCUACCUGCCAGGUUAUUUGUGUAAAGCACAGGUAGAGGUCUCACGUCCUGGAUUCCUUUAUAAUGGGUUCGUUAUGGAUUUUGUUGCACUAUAGAAGAAUUUUAUACAAUUUCAUUUAUAAAGAAAUUAUUUAUUAUUACAAGUAUAAGUAAAGUGGAAUUCAGAUGUAUUAUUUAAGUUGUAGUUUUAUCUAUAUCUCAAAUAGACACUUAAUAGCUAAUUGUAGUAUUUUAAUUUAUUGUUAGUAGUUUUUAAUAAAUAAAAAUAAACUUUUCUUUGUAUAUUUUUGGUUUUAAGCAAAUGUUAGUUUAUAUUAAAUGCGUUUUAUUAUAAGUUUUAUAAUUAGUAAUAUUAGUUGUAGGUCUUGAGUAUUUUAAAAUUUAUGAUAAUAUUUCUUCAUGUAUUACAUUAAAUUCAUUGUAUAUGUCAUAAAUGAAGCGAAUUACUUUUAUAUCUCUAUGUCGAAAUACUUAUUGUAGCCAAUUUGAACAAUUGGUUACCAGACUAUACCAUAUAAAAAGCAAAAGGUAACAAAAGUUCUUAAAAUAAUAAUUGUCUUAAAUUGUUUUGGAAUCAUUCCACACAAUGUAAGUUUUAUUGCGUCCAAUAUUUUGUGGUUAGUUAAAAAAUGUAUCAAAUAAUUUGCUCAACUGUGAAGUACCGUAGCCAUUUGCUCAAACACAGUAAAUGGUGUUGAGUGCAACGGACACAAAAUCAUCACAUUCUCUCCAGCAUACAUUCCUCUGCCUUGUCAUCAGUUGCUGUAAAACUUGUCAAAAUUAUUCUAACCCAUCACAUUCCAAGAAAAUGUUCACAUUUAAUGUCAGUCUUACUUCUCAUUUUUCUCUUUGUUUUUCAUAAAAGUCAGUCUUACUAGAUUGUGGAUCAUUUAUUUGCUUGUUUUUGUGAUUUUUCCCUUGAAAUAAUUGUUUGUUUACACUUCGUAGUGGAGCAUAUUAGAGUACGGUGUACAAGCACUUAACUAUAUUUACUACUCUUUGGUAUUCCAGAAUGAGUGAAGUUCUGUUUUCCUUUGGUAGAGCACACUUCAUCUAAUGGAUGUAAGUCAAGCCUUUUGAUAUGCUUCCAUUGAUAUUUUAUCAUAGAAUGUGGAAUGAUAGUGUCGUACGGAAUAUUAGUCUUUUGUAAUCUUAAUAUUUAAAGCUGUUUACUAUAUUACUGUUUGGUAUUCUUCAGCAUCUUCAAACAAAAUUUCUACAGUGAAAAUUUUGAAUGAAAUUGUAAAUUUAAUGUAAGUUAUAGGUUUAUAAAUCAGAGAAGUAGAACUAAAAUUAACAUAGAUAAUAAAAAUUGUACAUUACAUCCAGAGCCUGGGUAGUGAUUGUGAGGCAUGGGCAGUUCAGAUCUAGGUCUGCAGUCAGUGGCUCAGAUUCAUAUAAUUAAACAAAAUGAACAAUGCUUUAUAAGUUAUGCCAUAUCAAGCUCCCCUCACCCCCAUGUUAUAUGAAAGACUUUAAUACAAACAAGAUACAAUAAAUACAAGGGCUAUAUCAAAAGUAACCUCUUGUUUGAUUAUUAAAAAAUACCCAAUCAGAUAAACAUAUUUUAUUGUGUUUUGUGUUUUUAUACAUUUGAAAACUACAUAUGUUCUCCAUUUUUCUCAUUCGAUAUUAGGAUUUAAGCAUUUAUCAUAUCUUUUAACUAAUUUAGAAAUGCCUUUUUCAAACAAAUCUGCCGCCUAUACUUUUAGCCAGCCAGUGACAGAGAGGGAGAGAGCACUACCUCACUACUACCAAUGGUGCUUACUUUUGCAAUAGCCCUCGUAUUAGCAUUAUUAUUAAAUUAAGAUAAAUUAAGAAAUAAAUUUCACAUAAAAUUCUGUAUAUUGAAAUAAAUAUAAGAAAAACUUAAUAAUGGAAAAGAAAAAAAUAAAUAUCAAAAACUUUGAACCACUCUUGCUGAUCACACAUCUUUGUCUGUGUGAUCUAUUACAAAUUGUUGUUGAUCAAAGGAUGAGAAUUUUUAGUAAUAAGACUCCUCUUCUUGUAGGUCAUUCACUAAUAUCAGAGAUAAAUUAAACUGAUUGGACGGGUAAACAAGAAAUUUAGUUCUGAUAAUAUAUUCUGAAAUUAGCCAAAUUUCAGUACAGAAAUUUUUUUUGAAAUAAUGUAAAACUUGUUUAAGAUUUUCAGUCACAGUGAAAUGCGACACUGGCACAUGUGAGCAGAGAGCACAGAAUGGAAUGCCUGGCGGGGUUCCUCCUCCACCCACACGUCUGGUCUGUGUGUGAGACGGUUGGUAACUUAAUGAUUGGCCAGCAAAGGGAGGCCUAGGAGGCGGAGAUAAUUAAAAGAAUUGAGGUAAACAGGCUGAUAACACCCAUAUAUCCAUAGAAUAGAAAAUGAGAGGACUCGGAGGCCGAGGUACCAAACUACAGGAGAACAUGAGAGAUUGACCUAACCCAGAGUCCGAGAUAACUGAGGUACAAGGGGCCCCGAGAACUACAAUUAGCAUUGACUUGUACCAGGAGAACAUAAGAGAUUGACCUAACGGGAACCCAGAGUCCGAGAUAACUGAGGACAAGGGGCCUCGAGAACUACAAUUAGCAUUGACUUGUACCAGGAGAACAUAAGAGAUUGACCUAACGGGAACCCAGAGUCCGAGAUAACUGAGGACAAGGGGCCCAGAGAACUAGAAUUAGCAUUGACUUGUACCAGGAGAACAUAAGAGAUUGACCUAACGGGAACCCAGAGUCCGAGAUAACUGAGGACAAGGGGCCUCGAGAACUACAAUUAGCAUUGGCUCGUACCAGGAGAACAUAAGAGUCACUUCAUCUGUAUUGAACAAAAAAAAGAAAGGAUCCAAUCAUGUAAGAAUUAGCAACAUUUAUGUCGUAGAGUCUGAAAAACCAAUACCAGCUAAUCUGUUUGAAAUAAAUAUACUGAGCACAUGUAUCUAAAGAGUUUUUUUUUAUUCAAAGAAAUAUUCAAAAAUUCCGUUGAAUAAAAAUUGUGACAACCCACAAUAUUUAGGACUAGGACGGAGCUGGGACAACAUGGGGCACACUUCUGCCUUGUCCUUAGUAUACUCCACUACCAUGGCUUCUACUAAGUAAUGUAUUUCCUCUUGCAAUAACACACAAGGAAGUGCUAUUAAGAGAACUUGAGAAAAUUAUACCUGCACCACAUUCUCCCAUCAGACCAGACCACCCGCUACAGGAGAGCAAACAACUCAGGUCUCACACUGCCAGCUGGGCGUCUCAGUGGGAUUGUUUGAGGCACAAAACAAUACUUGGUAUCCUACUUUACCAUUAGAUAGAAUGUAUAUACUUUGUAUUUGCUGAACUGUGGAUCGAUGUAACUUCUACAAGGUAAGGGGAGACAGACUGAAGAUUAGGCAGAAUCCAGACAAUAAAACAUAUUUACAUUCUUGUUCCAGUGUGUCGUUUUCAAGAGAGAUGGAGGAGUUCCAUAAAGGCAAUACGGAAAAUAGAAUAUUUUUAGAAGACUGGUAUGUUUUGGAUUUACAAAUAUUUGUUCCAUUUUCUUAGGUUUGUGCUUAAUUUUCUUAUAAAAAACCUACUCAUCUUAAUCAAUUUCUAUUAAAAUGAAGUAUUCUUAAUCUUUGAGGCACCUACAUUUUUUUAUAUAGAAAUUUAUUUUUGUUCUGAAAGCCACAAACUUUCUUUAAACAGUAAAAUAAGCUCUUUUGUAACAAAGGUAGCAUUUGAAUGGUCAAUUUCUAAGUUUUACUUUAGUUUAGUAAAUAAUCAAUUUUUCAAUCUAUAAAAUACAUGUUCAACUCAAUAAUACAGCACAAUACAAUAUAAUGCAAUAUUUGUUAUAUUAACUGUAACCUGUAUACACUUUUGGAAUAGUUGGAUAGUUUAACUCCUCAUCCAAGAAUAAUAUUUUUUGUGUUAUCAAGCUUUUGGAACUAAAGAAGACAGCCAAAGAGAUUAAAUUAACAAUUUAUUGCUUUACAAUUUCCACAGAUAUAUAUUUAAAAAAUUAUGGUUGCAGGAACUGCACAAUGAAUGAUGUUGAUUUAACUCCUUAAUUGGUAGCUUAAUUAUGAAUAUUACAACACACGUGCUCAUGUCUCUGGUCAGUGUUCCUGCUCAGGCUCUACCUCACAAUUCGCUAGUUUAUCGUUAUUGUGUGUUAUGUAUGAGAUGAGAUAAAUAAGGUUUCUGGUACUUCUCUCACUGUCACCGAGCUAUGGUUUAGCAAAUAUUUACUUAUGCCAUUCUCUCGAUAGAUUUGUAUUGACUAGUUAAAUGUUAGCAUAGCCUACAGUGUUGUCAGUCGUGGUUUAUUAAGUGUCUCUUGACUUUCCAACACGGUAAGCUGUAAAAGUGUGGCGACAUUGAAUGAGAAAUUGAAAAAGUUAAUUUUAUACAAUCAUUGCCCACAAAUAUUGUUUUACAAAAACCUCUCAGGAUGAACUGGACGUAGAAAAAACGAUAGUGUGUUGCAAUUAAAUUGAACAUUUUAUUUUCUCUCUUUUAAUUCUCUAUAGUAAAUUUAUGGACAACAACUUGUUCGUAACACUUUUGCAGUUGAACUAAAGUGAUGUUAAUAUUUUUUUUCUAAUGAAAAGUAACGGCUAUAUAUAAAAGUAUAUGAUAACUAGUAAAUGAUUUUAUUGUAUCAGAUAAACAAAUAUAUAUAUUUACAAGUAAGAAUAGAUAGUAUGCACUCUGCGACAAGGUUGUGUUCAGUCUAUGUUAAUUAAUUAUGAUCUCCAUCUCCGAUGUACUCAAGGACUUGCGUUACAUUGUCCACACGUUUAAGGUUAUGUUGACUGUGUUGUGUGUGUAAGUGCCUUCGUCUUGGCCGGUAUGUACAAGCUAUGAACGUACGAUCACAUCUUGGUACACAUUUUACAUGAUAAUUUACAGUAUUUCGUUACUUAGAAAAUCUCUCUAAUUGUACUUAAUCCAAAGUUUGUGUUGUAAACGUUCUCUUUUUCUCUAGCUCUAGUGUCAUGUAAGUUGAUAUUUUACUCAAAAACUCUGUUCACCAGAAUGUAGUACAAUUUUAUUGUAUGUAAUAUUUGAUGUGAUGAGGCACUUGUUCACAACACAGUUAAUGUUAUUGUUAUGUUAUUCUCAAAUUAAAGCAUUGUGUAUAUUUCAAA